AUGCUUCAUCGCCGUGUAGAUCCAGACGGGCUACCCGAGACCUCCGCCAAUGUGUAUGUAAACACUGAGCAGGUGGCCAGACAAUCCGGCGUUGGUGAUAGAGUCUGCUAUAAUUCCGGUCCUGUUGGGUUUCCUGUCUCCACCCUCAAAUCUCUUGUCAAGACAAAACUGCAAAAUAAGGCGAAGGCUUUCGAGAACGAAUACAAGUCUAUACCGUCUGGAGAUUUACACGAACAUAAAGUUGGAAUGUUACAACAAAACAAAGCAAAGAACAGAUUUAAAACCACGUUUCCCUAUGACCAUUCCCGUGUGAUCCUUGAUACCAUUGGAAAAGAUCAACACUCCGAUUACAUCAAUGCCAACUACAUCGACAGUGUUACAAAAACUGCGAAAUACGUAGCAACACAAGGACCGAGGCCCGGUACUGUUAAUGAUUUCUGGCGGAUGAUAUGGCAGCUGCAGACCGGCAAAAUUGUCAUGUUGACAAAUCUUAUAGAAGGCGGAAGGCCGAAGUGCGACAAGUAUUGGCCAGACGAGGGAGAACCUUUGACAACGGCAAAUUUCAGCAUCACUAUGGACAGAGAAAGGUCGUAUGCCUUCUACGUCAUCCGGGACCUUACAGUUACAGAAAAGAAGGUAUAA